UCUGUCGCCCUGGCUGGUGGUCGCCAUGGGCAAGUCGGACUUCCUGACCCCCAAGGCCAUUGCCAACCGCAUCAAGUCCAAGGGGCUUCAGAAGCUGCGCUGGUAUUGCCAGAUGUGCCAGAAGCAGUGCCGGGAUGAGAAUGGUUUUAAGUGUCACUGCAUGUCCGAGUCUCAUCAGAGACAGCUUCUGCUGGCUUCAGAAAAUCCUCAGCAAUUCAUGGACUAUUUUUCAGAGGAAUUCCGGAACGACUUUCUUGAGCUGCUCCGAAGACGCUUCGGCACUAAGCGUGUCCACAACAACAUUGUGUACAAUGAGUACAUCAGCCACCGAGAGCACAUCCACAUGAACGCCACCCAGUGGGAGACCCUCACCGACUUCACCAAGUGGCUGGGCAGGGAAGGGCUGUGCAAGGUGGACGAAACUCCCAAAGGCUGGUACAUCCAGUACAUUGACAGGGACCCUGAAACCAUCCGGCGGCAGCUGGAGCUGGAGAAGAAGAAAAAGCAAGACCUGGACGAUGAAGAGAAGACAGCCAAGUUCAUAGAGGAACAAGUGCGGAGGGGGCUGGAAGGGCGAGAACAGGAGGUCCCUGUUUUUACAGAGUUAAGCAGAGACAAUGAUGAAGAAAAAGUCACCUUCAACCUGAAUAAAGGUGCCUGCAGCUCAGUGGCCACAACCUCCAAAUCCAGCUCUCUGGGACCAAGUGCUCUGGCCACUCUGGGGCCCGCAGCCUCGGCCAAGCGGAAAGAACCUUCACAGAGCUCAGCUUCGUCCAAGGAGAAGAAGAAGAAGAAGUCGGCACUCGACGAGAUCAUGGAGAUUGAAGAGGAGAAGAAGAGAACUUCGAGGACUGACUACUGGCUCCAGCCGGAAAUUGUCGUGAAAAUUAUCACCAAAAAGCUUGGCGAGAAAUAUCACAAGAAAAAGGGUGUUGUGAAGGAAGUGAUCGACCGCUACACAGCUGUGGUGAAGAUGAUUGACUCAGGGGACAAGCUGAAGCUGGACCAGACACACCUGGAGACAGUCAUUCCGGCACCAGGAAAGCGAGUCCUGGUUUUAAAUGGAGGUUACAGAGGAAAUGAAGGCACCAUGGAGUCCAUCAAUGAGAAGACAUUCUCGGCUACCAUCGUCAUUGAGACAGGCCCUUUAAAAGGACGCAGAGUUGAAGGAAUCCAGUACGAGGACAUUUCGAAACUUGCCUGAAUUUGAAAAAUCUGUUUAACACAUUAAAAUCCUAAAGCAUCAAAUUGGUGUUUGCCGGGGCAUAUUGAGACUCUACUGUGUCAGGGUGUCAGUUCUGUAUAAAGCAGCUGGAUUUAUUGACUGUACCAUUGCUCAGCCAAGCUGAGAGAACUAUCUAGUCAUGUGGCAACUAUCAAACUGUGCUCCUUUGUCCCUCUUAUAUUUAUUUACUUUGUAAUGAUGAUUU